AUGGAGGCAUACAUCUAUCUUUUAGCUCUUCUUCCACUUCUGUACAUCCUACGCUCCCUGAGAGCUUUCUUUUGCUCCGGCGACCGCGGUCUACGGCUUCCUCCUGGCCCAUGGCAGCUUCCUAUCAUCGGCAACCUCCACCAUCUUUUUGGUGCCCUCCCACACCGUGCCUUACGGGAUCUCUCUCGGCGCCAUGGGCCCCUUAUGCUCCUCAAGCUCGGUAAGGUUCCAGUGAUCGUCGCCUCCAACGCCGAAGCUGCCAAGGAGAUCAUGAAGACGCACGACCACAUCUUCUGCACAAGGCCACUGAGCUCAACGGCCAAGGUGCUGAACGAGCAUGGCACGGGGAUCACGUUCUCCCCAUACGGUGCACACUGGCGGCAGCUCCGCAAGAUUUGCGUCCUCGAGCUGCUGAACGCCAAGCGCGUCAAAUCUUUCCGGCCCACCCGUGAGGAGGAGGUAAUCAGGUUCAUUCGAUCCAUCUCAUCUGCAUCAGAGACACAGCUAACUGUGAAUCUGAGUAACAUGCUCACCAUUUACGGGUCGGACACGACGGUGCACUCCACCUUGGGUUGCCGGUUCAAGGACCGUGACAGUGACACCUUGCUCGAUUAUGUCGCCGAGGCGGUGCGGCUGAUAGGUGGCUACACCUUAUCCGACUUGUUCCCGUCGUCGAGGCUAGCGCGCACUCUGAGCAGCACACUGCGCAGGGCUGCGGUCUUUCGAGACUCUGUGCUAUCCUUCCUGGAGCGUAUCAUAGAUGAUCAUCUCGCGAGGAGAUCCUCCAAGGAAGUUCACCAGGAAGACCUGGUCGAUGCCCUCUUGAGGAUCAAACGAGAAGGCAACCUUGCGUUCCCCCUCACCAUGAACCAUAUCAAAGCAGUGAUUUUAGAUGUUUUUGCAGGGGGGAGCGAGUCACCGAUAACAACGCUACAGUGGGCCAUGACAGAGUUGAUGCAAAACCCUAGUGUGAUGUCUAGGGCACAAGCUGAGGUCAGGGGUGCCUUCGCGGGACAAAUGAAGGUAACCGAGGAGGGUCUAGCCAAUCUAAGCUACUUGCAGUGUAUCAUCAAGGAGACGUUGAGGUUGCACGCACCUACGCCAUUACUACUGCCAAGGGAAUGCCAAGAGCAAUGUAACAUACUCGGCUAUGACGUUCCCAAGGGCGCCAUUGUUCUUGUGAAUGCUUGGGCUAUCUCAAGGGACCCUGAGUACUGGGAAGAACCGGAAGCAUUCAUCCCAGAUAGAUUUAUGGGCAGUAAGGUGAAUUACAAUGGUAACAACUUUGAGUUCGUACCAUUCGGCGCCGGGCGGCGGAUUUGCCCCGGGGUGUUGUUUGGAAUCGCGAACAUUGAGCUCGCUCUCGCAAGCCUUUUGUUUUAUUUCGACUGGGCUCUUCCAGAUGGCAUUCUCCCCGGUGAUCUUGACAUGACGGAAACCAUGGGAAUCAGUGCUAAGAAGAAGUUGGAUCUGCGAUUGCGUGCAACUCUCCACGUACAGCUGCCGCGCUGAACCGUUGUUUCCCUAUCCGGAUCUUUGCAUGAUCUUGUUUGUUGUCAAAGCCAU